UGUAUUAUGGGCAAAAGAGAAUGGCCAAGGAAGAGAGCACUUGUAUUAUCGGCGAAAGAGAAUGGCCAAGGAAGGGAGAACUUGUAUUAUGGGCAAAAGAGAAUGGCCAAGGAAGAGAGAACUUGUAUUAUCGGCAAAAGAGAAUGGCCAAGGAAGGGAGAACUUGUAUUAUGGGCGAAAGAGAAUGGCCAAGGAAGGGAGAACUUGUAUUAUGGGCAAAAGAGAAUGGCCAAGGAAGGGAAAACUUGUAUUAUCGGCAAAAGAGAAUGGCCAAGGAAGAGAGAACUUGUAUUAUCGGCGAAAGAGAAUGGCCAAGGAAGGGAAAACUUGUAUUAUCGGCAAAAGAGAAUGGCCAAGGAAGAGAGAACUUGUAUUAUCGGCGAAAGAGAAUGGCCAAGGAAGAGAGAACUUGUAUUAUCGGCAAAAGAGAAUGGCCAAGGAAGAGAGAACUUGUAUUAUCGGCGAAAGAGAAUGGCCAAGGAAGGUUAAACGUGUGUGUGUGUGAACCCCGUAGUGUUUCAGAAUACGGUAGAGGUGUGAGUCAUGGUUGUGGUGGCUCUUCGUCGUAACCCCAAGUACGUCGUGUCGAUGAAAAUUCAGGAGAAACAUUAAGAUUACUUCCAUUCUUUUCCAUGGCGCAAUGUGGCAAGCAAGUCAUGGCCGCGCAUACUUGUGAAAAAAAUGGAAGACCUUAUUUUUUGUUACUGUAAAAGAAAGGCAGAGCAAGAACCACUGAGAUAGAGAAAUAAGAAGAAGAAAAAGACAUUAGAGAGAAAAGUUAUAAAGAAAAAAACAUUCAGAGAGAGAUAAGAAAGAAAAAAAAGAAAUCCUGUCACAUACUAUUCAUAAGAGAAAGACAUACGACAUUUUUUAGGUGUUAUGAGGUUAAAAUAGAUGGAUGAAAAGAGAAACAAGUAGAUAUACAGGUCAAAGAACAAACAUAAGAAAUAGAAGCAUAUAUGAUUAUAAGCGAGAAAGAUAUACGACAUUUUUUAGGUGUUAUGAGGUUGAAGUGGAUGGAUAAAAAGAGAAACGAGUAGAUAUAUAGGUCAGAGAGCAAACAUAAGAAAUAGAAGCAUAUUUGAUUAUAGGUGAGAAAGAUAUACGACAUUUUUGCAGGUGUUAUGAGGUUAAAAUUGAUGGAUAAAGAGAGAAACGAGUAGAUAUAUAAUUCAAAGAGCAAACAAAGGAAAUAGAAGCAUAUAUGAUUAUAGGUGAGAGAUAAGAGCCCAGCGGAACUUAAAAAUACGUAAUACCACAACGUUGAUCAAAUAAAUACGUACAAAGCAACUGAUAAGGUGUAUUCUGAAAGUAGGUUACGACACUAACAAGAAAAACAAGGAUCUACAACAGGACGAGAACUAUACGGGUAACAUUGGUGCUGGAGUCGGUGGUGGGGGAGGUGAAGAGAGAGAGAGAGAAAGACGAAAGAAAAAAGGCUGAGAAGAAAAGUAGAAUAAGAAGAGGAGAAAGACAAGAAAGAAGAGAAAGACGAAAAAAAGCCGAGAAGUAGAAACAGAAGAGGAGGAGAAAGACAAGGAAGAAGAAAGAGAGAAAGACGAAAGAAAAAGGCUGAGAAGGAAAGUAGAAAAGGAAAAAGAGGAGAAAGACAAGGAAAAAGAGAAAGAAACGAAGAGAAGGUUGUAGUGGGCGAGAACUAGACUUAAACCAUUGAUGUUGAUGAUGAAGAAAAGAAAAAACUAGAAUCGAACGAGAACUGUACAUGAUUAAAACCUCGAUGCUGAUAAAGAGAGAAAACAAGAACGAAAACUAAACUUGAUACAAACAGUGAAAAGAGGAAAACUUAUUGUAACUGAGCGAUUGAAGUGUUUGAACCAUGCCCGGGAAACGCCAUCGACGGAAAGGAGAGGCGUUGCAGCAUGACCCUGAGUUCUCGGGGCCGCUCAAGAACAGGUCAUGCACGGACAUCAUCUGCCUGCUGCUCUUCAUCGCCUUCCUCGUGGGCUGGGGCGUGGUGGCGGGCUUCGCUGUUUAUGGCGGGGACCCGGAGAGGCUGCUGCACCCCACGGACAGCGAGGGGCGAGUAUGCGGCCGCGGGGAGUUCGUCAACCAGACCUUCCUUUUCUUCUUCGAUCUCACGCGCUGCGCCUCGCCCAAGGUCAUCGCCACGGGCUGUCCCACGCCGCAGGUGUGUGUGAGCGAGUGUCCGGCCGAGAACUGGUUUUACACGGGUACAGGUGACGACACGGCAGAGCGCUCCAAACUCAUCUGCCGGAGCAAUGUCAACCCGCUGGACACCUCCAAGACCAUCCGUUCCCUGGUGGAGAACAACGACUGUGCCUUCUACUAUGUCGAGAGCAAGUCCUUCGGGCACCGCUGCAUCCCAAAGGACAUCAACGCCAACGUGGACACCAUCAUCAAAGCCAUUACGGCCUCUCAUAGCCUCUCCUCCACCUCCGGCAGCAAUACUCUGGAGGUGCUGAACAAGAUGGUGGAUGCCAUGAAAUAUGUGGUCCGAUUUGCUAGACUGCAGCAGGUGGCCGAGGGUGUGUUCAUGGAUAUACGUACAGGCUGGUGGGUGCUCCUGUCCGGCUUCGUCCUGGCCAUGGUCGUGUCCUUCCUCUGGAUCGUCCUGCUGCGCUUCAUCUCAACCUUCAUGAUCUGGUUCUCAAUCUUUGCGUUUCUUAUCCUGUCUGGCUUUGGGGCCUACUACACCCUCAACAAGUACCUCACACUACGAGAAAGCAGCAAUGCCACCAUGAGCGAAAUGUCGGAGAUGGAGAUGGCGUUCUCCCUCGAGUUCAACCACCUGGCGGAGCUUGAGACGACCUGGCUGGUGUUCUUCAUCAUCACCGUCACCGUCUUCGUCAUCUGCCUCUUCAUCUUCAUCUUCCUGCGUAAAAGAAUCUCCAUCGCCAUUGCCCUGAUUGGCGAGGCGAGCAAGGCCGUGGGGAGCAUCAUGUCAACACUGUUCUUCCCCGUGGUGCCGUACAUCCUGCAGCUCAUCUUCCUCUUCUUCUUCUGCGUGGUGGCUGUCCUCCUCGCCUCGGCCGGCACAACCAACUACCGGAUUAUGUGCACAGGAACUUCGGGCUGCGGCACCUGCACGGACUAUAAGGAGAACGACACCUGCAGCAUGGACACCUUUAAUCCCGCCCUCUGCCCUGACGCCACCUGCCAGUUCUAUGACUACGUGGUGGAUCCCAAAGUGCCGUAUUUCCACGUGUACAACGUGUUUGGGCUCUUCUGGUCCAUGUUCUUCAUAUCAGCCUUCGGGGAGAUGGUGCUGGCGGGGGCCUUUGCUUCCUGGUACUGGGUUCACGACAAGUCCAGGGUGCCUACCUUCGCCGUCACCAACAGUGUAGGACGAACUCUGAGGUACCACACGGGGACUCUGGCGUUUGGUUCGCUCAUCAUUGCCAUCGUCCGAAUGAUCCGCGUCAUCCUGGAAUACAUCGACCGUAAGGUGAGGGAGAAGACCGACAGCAAGAUCGUCCGCGCCUUGCUCUGCUGUUGCCGCUGCUGCCUCUACUGCCUUGAAAAGUUCCUCAAGUUCAUUAACAGGAAUGCCUACGUGUACUGUGCUAUUUACGGGAAGAACUUCUGUGUGUCGGCCAAGAACGCUUUCUCUCUCAUCAUGCGGAACAUUGUACGAGUCGUGGUGCUGGAUCAGGUCACAGAUUUCCUCCUCUUCAUUGGCAAGAUGGUCGUGGUGGGCAGCUUCGGCGUGGCUUCCUUCUUCAUUUUCAGCGGGGAGGUGCCGGGCGUCGGACCUCACCUUCCCGAGAUGAACUACUACCUCACUCCCGUCAUCAUCAUCACCAUCGCCACCUUCUUCAUCGCUAGCGCCUUCUUCGACGUCUACGCCAUGGCUGUCGACACCCUCUUCCUCUGCUUCCUGGAGGACUGCGAGCGAAAUGACGGGUCCGAGGAGAGGAAAUAUUUCAUGAGCAAGAACCUUAUGAAUAUCCUAGGCAAGAAGAAUAAGGAUAAAGAUAAGGAGGAGUAAAAAAGGGAUUGUAGGCUUGUGUUCAUGCAUCCUUGUAGAGAGCAGAAAGAAAGGGAGAUAAACGCAAACAGGUGUCUAUGAUUUGAAGGACACUGUUGGCUUGUAAUGCAAAUCUGUGAUGUUUUCCCAAGUGGUGCAUUUAGGAGGAGUUAAAGGCAUCAUAGCUUUGUGUUCUUGCAUCCUUUAAGAGAAGAAAUGAAGGGAGAUUAGAGCAAGUAGGUGCCUCUCAAGUGAAUGACAAAAGGUGCCUCAAUUUCCCAAGUGGUGCAUUUAGGAGUAUUAAAAGGCAUCGUAGCUUUGUGUUCUUGCAUCCUUUAAGAGAAGAAAUAAAGGUAGAUAAGAGCAAGUAGGUGCCUCUUAAGUGAAUGACAAAGGGUGCCUCGUUUUCCGAAGUGGUGUUAGCAAAGAGUGGAAAACAAAGAGGACAAGUGAGGGAGGACAAAGAGAAGAUAAGGAAGGAGAAGACAGGAAAAGGAGGAAAAUGAGAAGGCAAGGAGGAAGACAAAACAGGGAGAAAGAAGAAAAGAGAAAACAAGGAGGAGGAAAACAAGACAAAAAGGAAGAAAAGAAAGCAAAGGAAAGCAAGAAGAGAAGACAACAGAGGUAGAAAGAAGAAAAGAGAAGACAAGGAGGAGGAAAACAAGACAAAAAGGGAGAAGAGAAAGCAAAGGAAAGCAAGAAAAGAAGACAAAACAAGGAGAAAGAAGAAAAGAGAAGACAAGGAGGAGGAAAACAAGACAAAAAGGGAGAAGAGAAAGCAAAGGAAAGCAGGAAGAGAAGACAACAGAGGAAGGACGGAGACAAGGCAAGGAGGAAAAAGAGAAAACAAUGAGAAAGAAGAAAAGACAAAGAAGAGGAAGACAACACAAAAAGGAAGAAAACAAGACAGAAAUGGAGAAGAAAAACCAAAGGAAAGCAAAAAGAGAAGACAAAAGAGGAAGGACGAAGACAAGACAAGGAGGAAAAAGACAAAAGAAUGAGAAAGAAGAAAAGACAAAGCAUAGGAAGAAAACAAGACAGCGACAAGCAGGGAAAAGCCAUCACAGAGAAUCAGACGCCUGUUCUUGCAUGAAAUUAAAGCAGUCAAUCGUCCCCGACUGCUACGACAACAAGCUUUAAAUAAGGGUUACACACCAGCCUCUCUCGCCAUAAGGAGGAGUCAGGGGAACCACCAAGCGUCGAGAAUUUCCUAUGUGUUCAUGUGUUGAUAUAUCGUUCUACUUAUCUACAUGUCAUUCUACUUAUAUGUUUCCACAUCUACUUCUUACUUAUCGUGUUAUCUUACCUUUGUUUUCAUCAUCAUCAUCAUCAUUGUUUAACGUCCAUUUAUUCCCUAUGGUGGGGUUGGACGGGAUAUGAGCCUCCUCCACUGUUGCCGGUCCAUAGCCAUUUCUUCCGUGAUGUUCAGCCUCCUCAUAUCUUCCAUACCUUUGUUUUGCUAGCUGUUAUCUCAGAGUUUGGAAGCAGGGAUGAAUCUGUGGAAUGCAUGGUGUCGGUUCUUGUGGAUGCUUAUAUGUCGAAGGAGGCAUAUGGGAAGGUCUGUCAAGUUCUCAUGGUUAGAAUUAGAGAGAAGUGAGGUGUUGAAAUGUAAUAGCUAACCUCAGGCCUAGGAAUGAAUCUUUGAAAUGAAUGUGAUCAGUUUAACUUAUCAAUUGUUGUGUCAAGCUUCUUGGGUUAGGAUUAGAGAAAAGGGGAGUGUUGAAAUGUAAUAGCCACCUCAGACCUAGGAAAUGAAUAGUUGAAAUCCAUGUAAUCAAAUGUUAUAUCAUGUUCACUGGGUUAGUAUUGCAGAAAAGUGAGGUGUUGAAAUGUAAUAGCCAACUCAGACCUAGGAAAUGAAUAGUUGAAAUCCAUGUAAUCAAAUGUUAUAUCAUGUUCACUGGGUUAGUAUUGCAGAAAAGUGAGGUGUUGAAAUAUAAUAACCACCUCAGAUCUAGGAAAUGAAUAGUUGAAAUCCAUGUAAUCAAAUGUUAUAUCAUGUUCACUGGGUUAGUAUUGCAGAAAAGUGAGGUGUUGAAAUAUAAUAACCAACUCAGACCUAGGAAAUGAAUAGUUGAAAUCCAUGUAAUCAAAUUUUAUAUCAUGUUCACUGGGUUAGUAUUGCAGAAAAGUGAGGUGUUGAAAUAUGAUAACCAACUCAGGCCUAGGAAAUGAAUAGUUGAAAUCCAUGUAAUUAAAUGUUAUAUCAUGUUCAUUGGGUUAGUAAUGCAGAAAAGUGAGGUGUUGAAAUAUGAUAACCAACUCACGCCUAGGAAAGAAUGGUUGAAAUGCAUGUUAUCUAAUUUUUAUGUAGGUUUAGAUGUUGAUUUUCGUCUGUUUGUGUGUUUUAUGAUUGGUUGAUUUGUACCGUAACUUAUUUCUCUGUUCUGUAUAUAUUUUCUUUUUUUUUUUUUCUUUUUUUUAUUGUACGAGCCUUAUCUUGCCAAUGCCACUCCCUACCUCAUCACAUUUUCCUGAGUGAUGUCUUGUAGGCCUGGCAUCCAUUUCUCCAUAAUACAUGCCCAGAAUGAUCAACGAUGAAUCCAAUCUUUACAUAUGCGUCUCUUCAACAGUCCUCAUACCCCAUUGAUCCUUCUCUUUUCUUGUGUGCUUUGAUGAGGAAAAGUGACAUUACGUUGUGUUGUCGUGGUCUGGUGGUUGCUCACUGAUGGCCUUACUGGUGGUGGUAGUGGUGGUGGUGUAAAGACAGUGGUGAUUGUGGUGUUGAUGUGUGAUUGCAUGCCCGUGGUGAACUCAAAAAGACAGUGUAUGUAUCUCUCAUGUAAUUCCUUUUUUUGUAUUAUAUCGACGUUUAUUCCGAGACAUGUUUGGAGAAUACCACUAUUAUAUUCCAUUCAUAAAUUAGUGAGUGUUAAUUAUUAUUCUCUCUGUCUCUAUCUGUAUAUCUAUCUAUCUAUCUCUGUCUAUAUAUCUGUCUAUCUCAUAUUAUACUUACACACAUAUAUACCAAAUCGUGACCAAUUAUUAUUCUCUCUAUCUCUAUCUAUCUAUAUCUAUAUCUAUCUAUCUAUCUAUCUAUCUAUCUCUCAAUCUAUCUAUCUAUCUCUCUCUCUCCCUAUCAAUCUAUAUAUAUCUCAUACAUUACUUAAACACAUAUAUACCAAAUCGUGACCAAUUUCAUGCUUACUGAGUGUCGUUGAUUCGUAUACAAGCUCAUAAUAAUCACACAAUGUCUACAAUGCUUAGGCAAACACGUAAUUCCUUGCUAUACGGUAAUUUUGAUGUAUGUGCCAUUUUUGAUAACGUUUAAGGAACAUAGAUUUUACACGUUUAUAUUUUUUAGUUUAGCGAGAGAACACACACACACACACACACACACACACACACACACACACACACACACACACACACACACAUAUGGAUGGAGGGGUGAACAUAACAUUGAUGGGGUACGAUUUACAUAGAUUUACAUAGGUAUUCAAACCACACAGACCCUAUUAUAUGAUCCAAACUAUAGGUGGUGUGUCCUUAAACCAAAGUGAAAUUAUGUGAAAUCAAAUGCCACCAGGACUUUCCAUUUCUACUUGAGUAUACAUUAAGCUGAAGGAAGUGUCAGUCAAGCUCAUUUUUAAAGGAGUCAGUCGGAUAGUCUUUUUUCUCUAUAUUUUUUUUCUUUAUAGACUAGAGAGUUAAAGAGUCAAGCCUUGGCAGUGAAUAAUAAACUGAAGGAAGUGUCAGUCAAGCUUGUUUUUAAAGGAGUUAAUUGGAUGGUCUUUUUUAUUUAUAUGAUUUUAUUUAUUAUUAUUAUUAUUAUUAUUAUUAUUAUUAUUAUUAUUAUUAUAGACUAGAGGGUUAAAGAGUCAAGCCUUGGAAGUGAGGUUAAGUUGGGUGCACAGGCUAUCACUACGCGUGGCCUCGGCUUACAUUUCCAGCACAUUGGCUCGUGAUCUUGUAGUGAGAAACCCAUUGCUCGUAACACAGUGAAUAGCUAUGGUAAGGUAGAGUUUUGGGCACAAGAAAUAGAUACACAUGGCCUCAGUGCUCAUUUCUGUAACAUUGGCCCUUGAGUUUGAAUUGGAAAAUCUAUUACACUGAGAUGAGAAAUUAUUACUCGGAACACUAGGAAGGGCAAGGGUAGGGUAGCAUUAUGGGCAUAGGCUAUAGGAACCCAUGGCCUCAGUGCUCAUCUCUGUAACAUUGGCCCUUGAGUAUGUGUCAUGAAACCUAUUGCUCGGAACAUGGAACUUAAGAGUCAGAGCGAGGAGAUUCAAACCCCAAGUGGUGAAUGUGAUGUAAGGAAUAGGAUCCAAUCUUAAACCCCAAUCCUCCCUAGCCACGAAAACAGCGACCAUAUAAUUAUAAACUUUGAUAAAUGCUCAAUUGACGACGCUAUUUUAUAUGUUUAGUUCAAUAACGCUGACCGAUCGAGGCUGAAUUUUACUAUUUUUUUGUAUUCUCUUUUUUCUUAUUAUUACAGAUGACAAUGUUAAGUGGGUAUGAGUUUUUGUAUAUAUAUUUUCAUCUCAUUCAUGGAAACUUUCAUCGCCUUUGUAAUAUAAGUUUGUGACCAGAUUACAGUCAUUUUGAAGUUCA